GACUUCUUUGCCUCUCUCCAACCUACCUUCUCUGAACCACCACCUUCUCUGAACCCCCCCAAACCAUGGCAACACAGCUAGCUAUUGCAUAUCAACAUGGCGGUUACAACCACAACAGCACCACCAGCAGGCUCCUCAACUCCAUCUUCAUGACGACCGUGAACACAGCAGCGAAAACCCUCGUGGCGGUGGCAUCAAGGACGAGGGCGGAGCACACCGAGCGGUGGCGGCCGGCGGACCACAUGAGGUUCAUGGUCAUGCUCAUGACUUGGUUUUCUGUUUGGGUUCUUAGGGUUUUGAUGGAUCACUUCCCUUGUUCAUCAAUAUUCCGAUCAAAUUAUCUACUUCAAGGGUACUCCUCCACCGUUGGAUCGUUCGACUUUCCACCGCUACCAUCUUCGGCAUUGACUCCUUCUUCUUCAUUGGAUUUGGUGUUGCACGAUGGCUUUGAUGGUCCUUCUGUUCAAGCCCUAGGUCGAUCUAUCACACAUAUAUUUGCAUUGUUAAAUGAAAUGCCAGCGUCGUCGAGAAAGUACCAGUUCGCAGUGGCUAUGGCCGACAAGAUCGUGGACGAGAAUUCGAGGAACGGCCACGUGGAGCUCUUGCAGAUCAAUCGUGUGGCUCUCGGUUCCGCAUUCGCGCGUACGCUAGGCCUCCUCUACCGCUCCCUCAAAACCAAACAAUCCGUAAAUUAUGGCGGUGGCGCGUGGACUUCCACCAUCGUACGCGCACUUCCACUCGGCUCCUACGUGGCGCCUUACUUGAAGGGUUUAGGGUUUUGCGUCAGCGCAAUUUACUCUACCGUGGCCGGUGGCGGCCAAUCGGAGAAGCGGCGGAGGGCGGCGGCGGACGGUGAAGAUAGCACCGCCGUGGUGGCGGAGAAGUACGCGCAAGAGCUGCUGUGGAUAACCAAUAAGCUGAGGGUGUGUGGGGCCGUGGAUGAAGCUGUGAUGCAGUGGAGCCUAGCCUCGGGUCUAGCAGCUCUCUCUCUUACAGCCAAUCCGAGGGUUCAAGGUUCCAUUGUCAAAAUCUCAUCUAUACUUUUUGGAGAGCUUACCAGAGGAAACCUAGAUAUUCCAAGCCAAGUAAAGUUCAAGCUGCUAGUGCUUUGGCUUCCAUUGUUUUGUUAUGCAGACAAUGGCCUUGCAUAUCCAGUCUUGACAGGCACUGAAAAGGUGGAGACUGAGAGAGCAAUAGAUGAAGUGAUCUCAAGCUUGCCUGUAGUGGAUCAAGAAGUGGUCCUCACAAAUUGGCUACAAGACUUUGCGAUUUCGCCCUCUGAAUGGCCUAACCUGCAAAUAUCAUACGAUCGGUGGUGCCAGUCAACUCGCAAACUUGUCCCAUGAACUCAACACUGGAUGUCUUGAUGGCCGCUUAGUCUAUCUUUUACUAUGUAGUGGCUAAGUUUCCAUUGAAACAUCUAUGGUUUCUCAUUCCAUGUGUAUGUACUUUGGAACCCUAAUAAAUGUUGUACCUAGAUGGUGAGCAUACUCACCCUAUGGUUGCUUAUCUAAAUAAAGAAAAAUGAGUGAGAGCACUAAUUAGUGCUAUCACUAAUGAUGUGGCAGUGGGCCUCACAAGGAAUGAUUUGAUGU